GUAAACUACCAUCUUAUAUCUGCUCUCUGAUCACACGGAGAGUUGCAAGUAGCUAUUGCCUGAGAUCUCAUGAUGUGGUUUUGUUACAUGUGCCAAGUGCUAGGACUGACUUGGGUACGAAAGCUUUUAGGUGCGCGGCUCCUCUUGCUUGGAACAGUCUGCAAAAAGAAUGGAAAUUGAGCAAAUGAUUCCACUGCAUGUUUUUAAAGCUCGGAUAGAUGCUAUGCAAUCUGAUACUGUUGGUACCUGUCAUUGUCGAUAGGUAUGUAAAUUGUAAUUAUGUUAUAUGAUGUCCUUUUAGUUUUUCUGUUGUUUUCUGUUUUGAUGUCUUCAUGUGGAACCUACUUGCUGCAGAUCUCCCUUGAAAAAGAGAUCGAUGAUCUCAAUGGGAUUCACCUGGUUAAAUAAAGGUUUGAAAUGAAAUGAGAGACAGGUAAUAUGGGAUAAUACAGUAGGGGACUGACAUGAAGCAAAGGUCCAGCCAACUAUGAAUCAAACCUAGGACUUGCUGCUGGACUGGUGGGUCAACCAUUUUUGUAUAUGUUUAACAAAUAAUGUAACAACCUGACCUUCCUUCCUUUAAUAUGUUAAGCUCAUGCUGAUAAUCGGUGUAGAUUUACAUUGGAUUGAAACUGACAUAUCCAUAAUAACCUUCAGAGAGCCUAAAUAUUCCUCCUUACCCUUUGACUUGAAAUCAAAAGGUUAAAUCUAAUCUUAGAUUAGAUCCCAUCCACAUAGCUGUCGAAACUCACUGCUCAUGGGUGCAUUUCUUCAACAUCAUCUCAUCGUUGUGGUGUGGAUUUCCGGUAAAGUUAUAUUAUGUGGCUUUGCAAGGGCACAAGGAAUGGCAAGGAAACAUAACUUUUUAUAUAAUUGUGUACUGCAAUAAUAAUGUGUAUUUAUCACAAUAUCCCACGCCACCCUGUUUACCUUAAACUGCUCUACAUCAUUUUUCUGUGGAAAGAUCCAACCAUGCUUUAUAUGACGGCUAUUUAUCACCCACCCAUCGAGCACAAUACAAAUAGUUCUUAUCCAGCUAAAUGUCCCUCCCCAGUUUCAUCCCUCUUGCUCUUGUUCUGUGUGUCUUGCAAUGUUGUUCCUAUUGCAGGUUUCAGAGUGUAGCGCGGCUAUUUCAUGUAUUAUUUAAACUAGUUCUCUUUGAGAUUAGCUACAAUCUGCUCCGACCCUGUAGGCUCUUACAUGGUUAAAAAUAGGAGUGUUUGCAAUUCUGUCUAUGGGGGUUGUGUGUUAGCAUCCGCAGACCACGUGUGUAUUGGUCUGCUGCGAUGCUCUUUCACAUCAAACUCAUUGUGUCUCUGUAGAUCAGGGCUAUUCAAUUAGUUUGGAAUGGGGGCCGGUUGAUGAAAAUGAUCCAAAGCAAGGGGCCGGGAAAAAGAUGGCUUGAAAUAAGAGCUUCAGAUACAGUAAAUACAGCAUAGUGGACUGCAUAUAUUGUGUUUAAUUAAAUCAAACAACAUAGCCCCAAGGCCUUUAUAGAUCUAAAUGGCAAGUUCAGAACUCAGUACAUGUGAAGCUAAGUUAACCAUCAACAUCAUUUCAUUUGAUUUAAUUUAGGUGAAAUGAUCUAAUCAUUCACGCAGAGAUGCAAUAAAUGACAGGAGUUGUCACUACAGUAGCUAGUAGGUGGGUUAGAAACCCGAGCCCCCAGAGGUUUUCAGGCAAUGUCUUCCCCUCUAUCUCUCAAUGUAACACCCUCUCUGGAAUAAAGGCACUCUGGCCCAAAAAAAAAAAGUAGAUUACUUUUUAACAUUAUACUCAAAGGGCCAGUAAAUAUCACCCCGGGCCGGAUUUGGCCCGCGGGCCGCCAAUUGAACAGCCCUGCUGUAGAUGUUUGCAGUGUAUGAGCAGGUGUGUUUCAUUUGUGUGAGCAGUAUCAAUUGAAAUCAGUCGCUUGGUAGAUUAGGAGGAAUUAUGGGUUUUUAUUUUGAUUGAUUUUUUUACAAUAUAUUUUUAGAAGCUUGGAAUGUCAAAAAUAAAAUAAAUAGUUUUUAAUAAAUCCAUGCUAUCUUGACUUUGGAAAGAUAAAAUUCUUGGUUUUAACGAAAAGGGUGUAAACCAGGGGUGUCCAAACUAUUUUUUUCACAUACAGUACAGACAAAUAUACGAAGGGCUGGGCCACUCCCUAGAGGUGAGGUAUAUUGCCUCAUAAGUUCAGUUAUAAGUUGGAAAAAUCAAUCAAAUGUAGGUAAAUUAUUCUUGAUACUUGAAAAUGCGUUUAAGAAAAAAAACAGCCUACAUCAAAGCUCUCCAUAGGGUUUCAUUUAUUGUUAUUGUUACAAUAAGUGUUGGCAUGCCGAUUCCUUAAAACAGAAGCUUCAGAUUGCUUAUAAUUAGAGGAAAUAUGAAGGGCAUAUAACAGCAUUUAUUAUUGGGCUUUUUUCUCAUCAACUGUUUUCAACUUUAAUUGACUGAAUUUAUUUGAAAAUUGGGCUUAUUUACACAUGAAUACUGUGUAAUAUAUUUGAACAUGUAUAUUUAAGUUGGCCAUAUUUCAUUAUACGUUUUGAAUUAGCUGGGGGCCGAUUCAAAAUGGUCUGCGGGCCGCAUUUCGCCUCCGGGCUGUAGUUUGGACACCCCUGGUGUAAACUAACUAAUUGGUCUGUGUAUUUCACAUGUCUGUCCUCCUGUGUUUCUUUUUUUUUUGUGGUGUAUCUCCAAGUCACCCUUAAGUUCCAUCAAUGUAAACAAUUAUCAAGGGACCUGCCUCACUUUACAGUGGCCUGCGGUGUAGAAAAUAAACCAGCAGCAGGAGCGCAUCAAAGCCAGUUUAUAUUGCUAACGGGGAGGUGAGUCCGGAUGGUCUCCUACCAAUAAUAAGACCCGAUUCACGGCCUGAGGCAGAAAAAGAAGGGCACUUCAGUGAAGAAACACGACGUACAGAAGCUGUUCCGUCUAUAUAUCUCUGUACUAAAUGCCUCAUGUUAGUUGUCAGAUAAACACAUAUCUAAGUGGCUCAGGCUAUGCAUCGAGGACCAGUGCAGUGCUUGCUCUCUGAAAGUAAAACAAAAUUACAAAACCAAGAAUGUACAUUUAAGUGAGGUCUGGCAAUCUUUUGUAGUGGACUGUCGUAUAGGCCUCCACUGCUGUUGCAUACACAUUUAAUUUAUCUAAUAAAUCUAUCAUCAAUAAACCAUUUUUUUUUUUAUUCUGUUAAUAUAUCCUCAAUGGUUGACAAAUCAGCCAAUAAUUGGCCUGUCUAAUGCUGCGUUCACACCGGACGCGAUGCGAUGUUUGGGGGCGGCACGAUUACAUGUAAAGUCAAUGCAGAGACGCGGACAGACGCAAAUUCGCUCCGACGGCGCGCAUGAAGCGGUUGAUGCGUUCAUUUUGAAACGUGUAUUACAAUUAAAUCACGGUAAAAUAUGUUCAUUUUGUUGUAGUUGUAGCCCCCUAGCCAGCGCGUCUUGUUUGAAUGAUGGGAGUAAACACAGCUGACAGCUGCGCUGAAACUUGAGCGUUUAGAGCAGGGAUGGGCAACCUGGAUGGUGGUGGUGGGGACCACAUAAUGUAUGUACUGGCCACCAGGGAGCUACAGAUUCACUUGGAACACACGGACAAAUUCCAUGUAUUGUAUGUAAUUAUUAACAAAUAUUAAGUCUGACAUCUUCAUUGACAUUUUUCAACCUUUCAAGGAACAUCCUCUAAUAAGCUCACUAAACAUAUCAGUUCACAGAAAUGUUGUUUAAUUUUUUACAAGUGGCAUGUUUGUAUUGCACAGGUUAUUAAACAGUGGAAUAAAACGAUGUUAAACUAUUGGAAAGCAUGGAACAUGUGUGUGCAUCAAGAUUAACCAUUAGGAUGAUAUAAACAUGAAUUCAUGAACACUAACCCAGACAUUAGUUGUCUAACUUGAACCUAGCUAAGACACUUGUAGCCUGUCUCUGCAUUCACUUUAUUCCACAAUAAGGGGAAUGUCAACCCGCACUCUGCUGAAAUUAUGAAUGUACGCGUAUAGUAAUCAUAGAUAACACGGCAGGGUCCGUGACAGUUUGUUUUCAUCUGAUUUCAAAUAAACAAAGUCUUGGUUUUUAGAAUAUUAAACUUCUUUUUCCAAAUUCAGAUGAUAAAUACAACUUUUAAGCUUGUAACGGCAUAAUUAUACGCGGUAACUUAACGUCACAGCAGGCAUAACAACAGCCGGUGUUUGUUGUGAGUGUUUCCCCGGGAAACAAACACAAUACACACAAACGCGUCACAGAUUAUUUUUGCAGUAUUUGGCUGCUGAACGAAAUCAUGUAUGCGGCUCGCGACGUAACUAGGAAUCUAGUGGACGGUAUCAGUACUACAAAACGUUUCUUUUGUUUUUAUUAAUUACGUUGUUUAUAAAUUAAUCUGAGGGCCGCAAAAAGAGGAGGUGGGCCGCCAUUUGCCCAUCCCUGGUUUAGAGCGAUGCGAUUAGAGCAAAGCAAAUAUUCACAUCACGUCCGGUGUGAACGCAGCAUAAGGCUACAUGGAAGUCUGUUUAUUUUAAACCUGUCAAAUAAUUGAUGCAUUGAUAAAUACAUUUGUAAGGCCUUUUGUUAAUCAUCUUUGAUUGUCCAGUAUAAAACCAAGUCCAUGCAGGAGUUCCAUUGUGGGAAAGACAUUGAGGACUUUGCUUAUCAGGUGACUUAAAAUAUACUUUCCUCCAUACUUUUAGAAUGUCUACAUACCAAGGAGAGGAAAGGAAGAAUACUUUGAAAUGGAAUGUGGAACACUUUGAAAUGGAAUGUAGAAUACUUUGAAAUGGAAUGUAGAAUACUUUGAAAUGGAAUGUGGAAUACUUUGAAAUGGAAUGUAGAAAGACUAAAGCACAUUGCGGAAUGUUCAGCUCUAAAGUCAUACUGAACCUGAUGUCAUAUCACAGUGGCUGCAAGAGAGUAUGCUCUCUGGUUAAAUAGCUACACAACUCGUUUGUGCAGGACGAUAACAAGCCAGGUUUUAUCCCAGCCACAUCGAGUUCACAUUAUCAGUAAGAAGCAGCCAUUUCUUCACGAUAAUAAGAUGGACAGAGAAAGAUCAGUUUUCAACAUGACGUACAACGACUCUCCAUGGCACCGAAAGACUUGUCCCUCUGAGGACAGUUCUGUUGAGGAGGAGAUCGAGGACGAAACAUUGGAGGAGGUGCAGGAAACCAUGGAGGAGGUGCAGGAAACAGGAGUGCAGGAGUUUGCAAACAAGGUGGAGGAGGAAGUUGAGGAGGAUCAAGAGUUUGUAUACUCGGUGGAUGAAGACUUCGAAGACCUUCAUGAUGAGGAAGAGUCCGAAAUUAAAGAAAUGUCUGACCUAGAUAAGACAGAGUCUGAAAUGGAAGAGAUUUUGGAAUUUGCAGCAGAGACAGAGUCUGAAAACGAAUACAUUUUGGACUUUAGUGAUGAGAAACAGUCCGAAAUCAACAAGAUUGCGAACUUUGAUGAGACAGAGUAUGAAAUGGAAGUAAUUCUUGAGGAGGUGGAGGAAGAUAUUAAGGAGCAGACCUCCAUCUCCAGCAACAGAGAAAACUACAGAGACACUUCCUUUGAUGAGACAGAGGAUUCUGAAAGAUCUGAGAGAUCUGACAAAUUAUCUGUGAGAAAUGCAAGAUCUGAGAGAUAUGACAAAUCAUCUGGUCUUCAGGAAGCCCUGGACGAGGAGAGAAAAGCCAAAGCUGCUCUUGAAGAGGCCUUGAUGAAGGAGAAAACAUCUACAGCUCAGCACAAAGCAGCCCUGAAGCAUGAGCAAAAAGAAAAAGACGCUUUUGCAAAGGCUCUGAAGUAUGAGCAAUAUGAAAAUAAUUCCCUUUGUGAUAGAAUACAGAUCAUAAACGCUGAUCUGAAAGAGUCACAAAAAGAGCUGCAGCAUGGCAAAGCAAAGCUGAAAAACAGAAUCACUAUAAUGACUUCUGAGCUUGAAGAAGACAAGAAGGUGAUUGAGAAGCUCCAGAUAGCUCAGCACGCAUCCUCCAGCCAGCACCAAAGAGAAAUCUCAGAGCUGCUUGUGUUGAAUACUGCCUCAGUUACAGCAAUAAAGGACCGCCUCACUGAGCGGCAGGAGGAAAGUCUGAAAAAAGACAAAGACAUUGAAUCCCUGCGGUCAAAUGUUCUGAAUCUCCAAAGCGACAUUGUAGCCAAGGUCAGCAUUGUUACCUCACUACAGGAUAGAGUGAAUAAGUGUGCCUCAGACCUCAAAGAGGAGGAAACAAAAAGCAGCUCACUGCAGAGGGACUACGAGGCUGCUGCCUCUCAGCAGAAGAAGGAAGCAGAAGAACUGGCCCGUCUGACUCAGGGGAACCAACACCUCGCCUAUGAGAACAAGAGACUGCAAAGUGAACUGGAGGCUGCUCUCAAUAAACAGCACAUUGAAGAGAAGAAGCUUCAGGGCGACAGAGGAGCUUGCAGCAGACUGGAAGAGGCCAUUAAGAAGGAGGGGGCUCGUUUCUCCAGAGCCUCAAAGAAGAUCCAGAGCCAAGAGAAAGAGCUGUCUGAGAAGACCCUGGCUUUAGAGGGACUGCAGAGGGACUACGAGGCUGCUGUCUCUCAGCAGAAGAAGGAAGCAGAAGAACUGGCCCGUCUGACUCGGGGGAACCAACACCUCGCCUAUGAGAACAAAAGACUGCAAAGUGAACUGGCUGCUCUCAAUAAACAGCACAUUGAAGAGAAGAAGCUUCAGAGCGACAGAGGAGCUUGCAGCAGACUGGAGGAGGCCAUUAAGAAGGAGGGGGCUCGUUUCUCCAGAGCCUCAAAGAAGAUCCAGAGCCAAGAGAAAGAGCUGUCUGAGAUGACCCUGGCUUUGGAAAAGAGCCUGACAGCCGAGAAACUCCUAAAGUCGUCUCUCAAAAGUGAGAAGAAGCGAUUUGAGAGGAUGGUUGGAAAGCAGGCGUCAGCUGGACAUCUUUCAAUCCUCACUCAACUGAGAGAUGCAUCUGCGUACGACAUGCAGACAUUAAGGAUGGAAAAUGCUGACAUCAGGGCUAAAUUCCUUGUCCUGGAGAGAGAAUAUGACAGAGAAAGAUUUGAACUCCGCUCUCUCUCUGCGGGCCAUGAAGAGAUGCUGUCAAGGAAAAAUGAUAGCAUUUCUGACAAUCAGUUUACCAUCACUAAUCUACAGUGCAUUGUAAAUGACUUCAAAGCAGAGGAAUCAAAGAUCAAGAUGAGACAGGCCGAUCUCGAAGAAGCCCUUAAACAGGAAAAGACAAGAAACUCUGAGCUGCACCAUACUGUUGAUCAGAUCUCCUCCGGUUUGGAAAAAGAAAGGACCAGGUGUGAGAAGCACCGCGUCGAGCUUCAAGAAGCUUUGAAGAAGCAGAUCACAACUCUGGAGGAAAACAACAAGUUGACCUUGUCUCUGCAGAAGGCUCAGGAAAUCUUCCCCAGGCUUCAGGAAAAACAAUGUGCAGAGACAAACUACAACUUCGGAAACAUCAUUGACUCCGAGUUCAGGCUCAGGGAGCAGAAAUAUUCCCUGGAUGAGAGCAAUAAGGCGCUUUACCACCUGCAGCAGGAGUACACCAAUCUAGGGAGGAGGCACUGUGACAUCAACGCUGAGUAUCGUGAGCUGCUCAAGACUCACACUGCCCUCCAAGUCAGACAUGAGAGGCUCAGCUAUGCUCAAGGAAACCCACGCCCAGAGUUCAGUCCAUAUCUCUUCCAGUCAAAUUGUACAGCACACUAGAAAAUUAUCGUCCAAGGACAUUUUUAGUGUGCGACUGGCACAGACGCAAAUAUGUUUUUAUUGUUUUAAUUUUGACUAUGUAUUUUUUUUAAAUGUAUUUUAAAUGUUUUAAUUUUCACACAUCUGUUGCACGUCCGACCGCUAUUGCUUUCCCCAAGGUUUCUUCCAUUUUCCCCCGCGGUAACUGUCAGUUUUCUUUGGAAAUUGUUCCUUGUCCGAUGUGAGGUCUAAGGACAGAGGGUGUCUUUUUAUGCUAUUUAUAUUCUGUACGAACUGUAAAGUCCCCCGAGAAAAAUGUAAAAUUAGUGAUAUUGGGCCAUAUAAAUGUUGAUUGAUUGAUAACGUAUGGGUGCUGGGCAAAGCGUCACCAAUAAAAUAAAAAAAAGGUCAGUCUCAACUGCACAUUGAUGAGAAGAAGCUUCAGGGCGACAGAGGAUCUAACGGCAGACUGGAGGAGGCCAUUAAGAAGGAACAUAUUUGUUUCUCCAGAGCCUCAAAGAAGAUCCAGAGCAAAAAGAAGAAUCUGGCUUUAGAAGAGAGCCUGACAGUUGAGAAACUCCUAAGGUUGUCUCUCAAAAGUGAGAAGAAGCUAUUUGAGAAGAUGGUUGGAAAGCAGGCUGUAGCUGGACCUCUUUCAAUUAUCACUAAAUUCCUAAGGUUGUCUCUCAAAAGUGAGAAGAAGCGAUCACAUAUUGUCCCUUGUCAAAGUCCCAGGAAAGGUGAAGUUUAGUCAACAAUCUCAACACAUGGUCCGUUGAGUAGCUUUAGUGGUAAUAUUACUAAUACCACAUUAUUGUUAUGUUUUAUUUUCAUGUUUGUCAAUUUUCUUUAUUCAAUAAAUGUUGAGUCAUCAACCAUUUAAAUUUCAAGAAUUUGUGAUGGAUGUUUUUCUGAAAGUGGCAGAGUGCAACCACAUUUGCUGCCCAGUGUUCAAAUUAAUAUAAUUGUGUACCAGACUAAGAAGACAUUUUAAUACAAAUAUUGGUUGUAUUCAGCCUUCAUUGAGCAAAUCUCUACAUCUACAUUUCCGAAGAAAAUAUUUUACUUUUUACUCCACUACAUUUAUUUUAACACACGGUUACUAGUUACUUAGCACAUAUAAAAUACCUGAUAUGCUGAUAUGGUAUAUUGCAGUACUGCACCAGUAAUCUACACAGUAUUUGUAGUAUCUACAUUUGGUCCACAUUGUCAAACUACAAUGCUUGAAUGCUCUUACAUUUAUAAAAACAGGAUAAUACAAUUACCAUAAUAUACUACUGUGAAAAUAUCCAUUCUUCAUAAAGAGUACUUUUACUCUUGAUACUUGGGAGUACAUUUAGCAAAAAAUUGUGCUAAUUAGUACUUUUCCUAAGUAAAGGAUCUGAUUAAGUCUUCCAAUGCUGAAUAAAUAUAGUAUAUAUUGAUAUACAUUUCAUUGAAUGACUUUAACAAUUACUUUAUUUAAGCUAUGCAAGCAUUUAACUAACUCUUCUUUGUUAAUAAAUGACUAAAUUAGCACCCUAUUGUAGACAUUCUUUACCAAAACAAGAGGUAUUUUAUUCGAAUAAGGAACUUUUUAAGUCUUCUAUUUUUUAACUAAUCAAACCAAAGAUAACAUUUGAUUUAAAUCCCUAAAAAAGGGCUUUAAAUUGCCUCAACAUA